GUCCAUUGAGCGCUUCCGGAGGGGGUGGAUAAUCCCAAUCCAAGGUAUUGCCUUCAAUUUGCCUCAAGGGACCCGCUUCACAGAAUCAAAUGCAAGUUGAAAACAAAAUCUUUUAAUUCAUUGUAGAUUUGCACUACAGUCGAGAUGUUAUUUUGUGUCUUUCGUUUUCUUUAUUUUGUAAAAUAGCAAAACGUCAGAGCAACCUGUAGUCAACAAUGUGACAGCUGUUGUUGCGAACGUGACGUUUUUGGAGAGGAACUAUAAAGUGGAUCCGUUUUGGCUUCAAUGGCGACCUUCUAUUUAGCUCUAACUUUAAUCGCGGCGGCGUUCUGGAGCGUCGAAGGCGAGCCCCGAAGUCUGCCUUCUCUCGCCUCGCCCCCGAACGCGACGUCGGCCGCCGCGGCAUCCGUUAACCUCCUCCAACAUGAUGACGGCGGCGGCGACAACGGCACCCGAGCGGCCGUCGGAUCCCCGACUUCUUCCCUCAUGACGCAUCUACCCACGCUCAAAGUCAUCGUCAUUUGCACCUGCGUGUUGACCGGGGCUCUCAUCACCUGCCUGCUCUUCAAAGUGGUCAGAUCUGGGAGGAGAAUCAGGAAAACCCGCAAGUAUGACAUCAUCACGACCCCCGCAGAGCGAGUGGAGAUGGCUCCCCUCAACGACGAAAACGACGACGAGGACGACUCGACUCUGUUUGACGUCAGUUACAGGUGAAUUGGCCACCGAGCAAAAUGUGACCACCUUCUCCUUUUGGAUGGACCCGUGCAGCGCCUCGUCUUUGGUCUUUUGUUAACGCCUCUUGUUGAAUGGUCUCGCACGAAUGGAAAUGUUGUUGUUCAUCUGCAUUUUUCACACUGGCUUAGUCAUAUCUGAUCUGGACCUGCGAGCCACAUUGUGCACAUUUGUAAAUUUGGACUUGACUUCCAUAGCAAAUACGUCCACAGUACUAACUUUAGUGCACUCUUAUUAAAAGAUGAGCCUCUAUAUUAUUAUUUUUUUUUUUAUCUGUGAACUAAUUUGCUGCUAUCUCGGUUCUAGAGUAUCUGAAGAAUAAUAUGCUAUAUUUGUGUCUUACCAUUUAUAUAUUUUUUGUUGUUACGACCAAAUCAAGACUGAGUGUCUUCUCUUUGUAUUUUGAAUUCAAACAUUAGCAAUUAUUUUUGCUCAUAGAAUGACGUGAUUUUUGACAUAUGAAGGCAAAA